CAAAACUCAUUGAGCUCCGUGUGGCUUGUGCCGGCGAUCUUGAUGCCGAAGACCGACUGCCGACUACCGACACUUAUUACCAUGCCAAGCCCCAUCAUUUUUGGACGCGGGAUGAUAUAGGAGGAACCAACCUUUUAAUUCCUCAUACCGAACAACAAAAUGGACGCCACCGCCGAGGCUGUUGGCCUGACUUUCCUCUCGAUAGGCAAAGUUCAAAUCCGGCCAUCCAUGAAAAGCCAACCCAUCGGCAACGGAAUCAGAGCUCUACGUCUUUUUCGCUCUUUUACGGACCGCCAAUGGACCGAAGAGCUGCCAAUUGGUGUAUUCGUCAUCUCUCACCCCGGUGGACCAAUUCUUUUCGACACGGGCGAGUCGCCCAUGUGCAAUGCCCCUGGAUAUCAGUCAAUGUGGAGCCUCAACAGCUUCGUCGCCCAGACUACGAUUUCCGAAGAAGACGGAAUUGUGAACCAGCUUCGGGCGAAUAACAUAGCGCCUGGGGAUCUCCAAGCCAUUGUUCUCAGCCAUCUACACGGCGACCAUGCCGGCGGCCUCAAAGACCUCGCGACUGCGGCUCCUCACGUACCAAUCUACGUGAGUAAUGAACACUGGGAUGCAUUUGGGAAGCACCCAUUCCUGGCAACUCUGCAAGGCUGCACUCCCCAACACUGGCCAAAAGACUUUGCGCCAAAGAUGAUUGACUUCACGGAUGCUGCAAUUGGCCCUUGGAAGAAGACGCAGAAAAUAACAUCUGAUGGAAAGGUCGUUGCUGUCCAAACUCCCGGGCACGUUCCAGGCCACAUCUCCUUGGUUGUGUACGGCGACAACGACGACGGGACCACUACAACAUAUUUCCUAACAGGAGAUGCCACCUACGGCGUGGAUCUAUUGGAUAAGGAAGAGCCGGAUGGUAUCAACGAUAACCCAGCAGUAGCUCUGCAAACUUUGAAGACGAUCAAGGAAUUUGCAAGCCAGACUGACGUCGUGGUAUUGCCUAGUCACGAUGUCGCCACACCUCGCCUACUGAGAGACCGUAUAGUAUAUAAGCCUCGGCCUGUAUAAUAGUUGAGCAAUAUGUAUUUUUUUUUGUAAAUUUGCCAAUGCUCUUUAGGGUAGUCUCUUGCCGUCCGCUCUAGAACAGACAUGCUAAGCAUCCUUCGCGUUUAAUUCAACCGAGGCCACAUUUUGAC